AUGGAGAGUGCAAGCAGUGGGGGACGUGGUGUAAAAGACGAAACUUUUUUACGAAGAAGAUUAAAACUAUAUUCUCCAUUGCAGCUAAUGGCAGGUUUCAAUUUCAAGAAAUGGAAAACCAUUAGUGCUAAAAAUGACAUUAAUAUUAGUGCUAAUACUGCCACGAAGCCUAGUAUUCAUCGUUUGACGGCUAAGAUCGUACGGAAAAGGGAUGUGGUGGGACCGGUAGAGAAGAAGAAGAAGAAGAAGUUGAUGACGUGGUGUCGUGAACAAGGACAGGAGACGAACAAGGAACUAGAACUGUGCAAGAAGAGGAUACUAAUGGGAGAAAAGUGCAGACCCUUAAAUCGAUCUGGUGCUCUUCACUAUGAUGAACACGGAGUUCUCCUACCAGAAGAUCUUGCUGCUACAUAG